AAAUAAAUCCUUCUUUCUUACCGUCUUUGCCUUUCAUUCUUGAUUUCCCGCCCCGUAUUAGACCUCUAAUGAAGAAAAUUCAAAUAAACUCCAAUAUGGCCUCAACUUUAUUUAGUCUACUAUUUCAUUUCGCAAGGCAGCCAUAAGAAAAUAUUUUGGUCCGGAGUAAAUUCUAGCGUCGUAUUCUCAGCAGUACGUAAGAUUUCCGUCUGCCAAUAAAUAUAGGGGGGAGAGUGCCGGCUUCACAGGUUUCCGGUAGCUUCUUGCAUAUGUUUCCGCCGCUUUUUUUUUUCCUCUCUAAAACCCUCCUUCUACUAAGGUUUCCGCCCGCGUGCCAUCGACGACCGCGGCCACUUCCGCCCGGCCUUGCUCGCCUUCUCACCAUGGGUCCCUCUCGGCUUCGCUGCCGGGUUUUUUCGUUCCUCCUUUCAGCUGCUGCCUCACCUCACUCGCCAUGCCCGGCUCUUCGGUGUCACGGCGCGGUCCGGCCGCUGCAGCGUCUCCGGCUCCCCAAAUCUCGGUCUUCCCUUCGCCGCAGGAGCUGGGUUCGGCGCUGGCCCAGCUAGUAGCGCAGCGGGAAGCUCAAUCCGGACCGGGUGGGCGCUUCUCCCUGGGCCUGUCAGGUGGAAGCCUAGUGCGGAUCUUGGCUCAGGAGCUGCCCGCGGCCGCUGCCUGCCCUGCUCGGUGGCUCCUGGCUUUCGUGGACGAGCGGCGGGUCCCGCUGAACGACCCCGAGAGCAACUUCGGUGCCUACAAGACAUACCUCCUUUCUAAAAUUGCUAUACCUGAUGACCAAAUAGUUGUUAUCAAUCCUUCACUACCAGUAGAAGAGGCAGCGGCAGAUUAUGCUGAAAAGCUGAAAAAGGCCUUCCAGGGUGAAGAUAUGCCUGUAUUUGACCUUUUGAUCUUAGGAGUAGGACCAGAUGGACACACCUGCUCUCUUUUUCCAGAUCAUCCCCUACUACAGGAGCGGGAGAAGAUUGUGGCUGCCAUUAGUGAUUCCCCAAAGGCCCCCUCAGAGCGGAUCACACUGACUUUGCCUGUGCUGAAUGCUGCGAGGAGUGUGGUGUUCGUUGCCACAGGGGACAACAAGGCUGCAGUGAUAAAGCGUAUUUUGGAAGGCAACGAGGAAAACCCACUGCCGGCUGCCCUUGUCCAGCCACAUACUGGGAAGCUUUACUGGUUCCUGGAUGAGCCAGCUGCAAAGGAGUUGACCAUUCCCUUUGAGAAGCAUUCCAUCUUGUAGGAGCUUCAUGUCUUGCAGCCUUCCGGGUUGGGAGAGGUUCACCAAGUACGGGGUGUGGGUAGAGCCCCACCCUCUAACAUUCCAGGUCACGGUCUCCACGUCUGGUCGUAGCGCUCAGGAGCAGCACUAAACUAACACUGUCUUUUCUUUUUUCUUUUUUUCUUCCUUUACUUCCCCCCUUCCCUAAUUUUUUUUUUUUUUUUACAUUUUAAGAAGUGUAAGUUUGUGGAGCACGGUGUAACAAAUAUGAUUAUUGCUUAACUAGGACAAAGUGUGACAUGGGAAAUGCUUGGGUCCAGCUACUAGGUAUCAAGAGAGUUGGUUACAGUCUUUAUCAUGUGAAUGGUCUAAUGUGGUGUAAAAUGGAUGCACAAUUAAAGGUGUAAAUUAAAGUCACUCAGUGCUGGCACAA